AUGUCUUGCGACACAAGGAGAGAAGAAGCAAACUCGAGCAACUGGAUAGCAUUAUUGGCAAGAUUUUAUGCUCAAGAUAUGUUUAGGAUUUCAUGGAAUGCAGCUUUAAUUCAUGAUGGAAGGAUGAAUAUAUCUUGGUGGGAUGAAUGGCAUUCGUCUAAGGAAAUGAUAAAUAAUUUUAAUGAUAUCUUUAAAACAACAACAAAAGCGCAAGCUUUAACGUGUAUGUUAAGUAUAAAUAUGCUAAGCUCGCUACUCAUUGAUCGAGAAGUAGCAUAA